AUGGCCGGAACUAAGCUUAAGAAGAUGCUGGACGGUCGCCAGGGGCGCAACAUUGCCCUCGAGAAGCAGCGCAAGUUGGAGAAGGCUGCCAGGCAACGCAAGGAGAAGAACGCGCCGGCAGUUGCAGACGAAGAGGAGACCGGAGGCGUGCCGCUGGACGAGGUGGAGGUCAAGGCCAACGGCAAGGCGAAGACGUCUAAGAACGGCAAGAAGGCUGCGAAGGCGACAGAAAAGGAGGUUGAGUGGGAGACUGAGGGUAGCGAGGAUGAGGACGACAGCGAAGACGACGAUGAUGAUGCAGAGGAGCGCCCUGCAUUCGACCUCUCGCGUCUUGAGGACAGCGAGAGCGAUGUCAGCGGCGACGAUGACGAGGAGGAUGAAGACGAGGAGGAGGAGGACGAUGAGGCUGAAGAUAUUCCGCUUUCCGACAUCGAGUCUCUGGCCUCAGACGACAAGGGCGACAUCAUCCCCCACCAGCGUCUGACGAUCAACAACACCGCCGCUCUCACUGCUGCCCUCAACCGCAUACAGCUUCCCUACUCGAAGCUCGCCUUCUCAGAGUACCAGUCCGUGACCAGCACCGAGCCCGUCGAGAUCGCCGACGUCGAGGACGACCUGAACCGCGAACUCGCCUUCUACAAGCAGUGCUUGUCUGCAGUCAAGGACGCACGGGGCAGACUGAAGAAGGAGGGCGUGUCGUUCUCGCGUCCCGCAGACUACUUCGCCGAGAUGGUCAAGAGCGACGAGCACAUGGGCAAGAUCAAGCAGAAGCUGGUCGACGAGGCUGCGGGCAAAAAGGCGUCUGCCGAGGCGCGCAAGCAGAGGGAUCUGAAGAAGUUCGGCAAGCAGGUUCAGGUGGCGAAGAUGCAGGAGCGCGCGAAGGAGAAGAGAGACACCAUCGAGCAGAUCAACCUGUUGAAGAGGAAACGUCAAGGCGCAGACAUCACGAAGACCAACGAGGAAGACCUCUUCGACAUUGGCGUUGAGGCCGACGACUCGAAGCCCGACCGCCGUGAAAACAGAGCAGGCGGAGGCAAGCGCCAGAAGAAGAACGAGAAGUUUGGAUUCGGCGGCAAGAAGCGCCACGCAAAGAGCAACACUGCCGAGUCGAGCGGUGACGGCCGGGGCUUCUCGUCGAGAAAGAUGAAGGGCAAGACUGGCGGCGCUGCAAAGGCGAGGCCGGGCAAGGCUAGGCGCGCGAACAAGCACUAG